UGUCCUCCAGGCCCUGUCAUCUCGGCGUGAGGUCGGGGCAGCGCCCCGCGAAGGCGCGGGUGGAAAUUCCAACAGGGCAAGAAUUCGAAGUUGAUUUUUCAUCAACAUUUUGUUAAUGAAAAUUUUCAAAAUAGAAGAAAGUUGAAAGUAUUGUGAAAUAAGCAUCCAUAGAUUUCCUCUCAGAUUUUUUAUUUUUGAGACAGAGUCUCACUCUGUCGCCCUAGGUAGAGUUCCAUGGCAUCAUAGCUCACAGUAACAUUGGGCUCUUGCGAUUCUUUUGCCUCAUCCUUCGGAGUAGCUAGGACUACAGGCCCUUGCAACAACCCUGCCUUGCUAUUUUUAGAGGGGUCUCCUGGCUCAGGCCGGUCUCAAACCCUUGGGCUCAGACAGUCCACCUCCUCAGCCUCCAAGAGUGUUAGGAUUACUGGCGUGAGCCACUGUACCUUGCCCUCCUCUCAGAUUUUUUUUUUUUUUUGAGACAGAACCUCAAGCUGUGGCUCUGGGUAGAGUGCUGUGGCAUCACAGCUCACAGCAACAUCCAACUCCUGGGCUUAAGUGAUUCUCUUGUCUCAUCCUCCCAAGUAGCUGGGACUACAGAUGCUUGCCACAAUGCCUGGCUAUUUUUUGGUUGUAGUUGUCAUUAUUCCGCAGGCCUGGGCCAGAUUGGAACCCUCCAGCUCUGGUAUAUAUGGCUGGUGCCUUAGCUGCUUGAGCUGCAGGCUCUAAACCUUUCUUUUUUUGAGACAGAGUCUUACUCUGUUGCGCUGGGUAGAGCCCUGUGUCAUCAUAGCUCAUAGCAACCUCCAACUCUUGGGCUCAAGUGAUCCUCUUGCCUCAGUUUUUCUAUUUUUAGUAGAAACAGGGUCUCACCCUUGCUCAGGCUGGUCUGGAGCUUAUGAGCUCAAGCAAUCCACCCACCUCGGUCUUCCAGAGUACUAGGAUUACAGUCUUUUUUUUUUUUUUUUGUAGAGACAGAGUCCUACCUUAUCGCCCUUGGUAGAGUGCUGUGGCAUCACACAGCUCACAGCAACCUCCAAAUCCUUGGGCUUAGGCGAUUCUCUUGACUCAGCCUCCCAAGUAGCUGGGACUACAGGCGCCCGCCACAACGCCCAGCUAUUUUUUUGUUGCAGUUUGGCCGGGGCUGGGUUUGAACCCGCCACCCUCGGCAUAUGGGGCCGGCGCCCUACCCGCUGAGCCACAGGCGUUGCCCUAGGACUACAGUCUUAAGAACCAUAGUAAUUUUUAGGUCCAAGUGCCUAGCCCUGUGACAAAACAGGAGCUCAAUGUCAUCCUCAAAAUAUUCAAGAGUCUUUUACAUUUGUGACAUGCUAACACCAAAAGUAAGAAUAGUAGCAGUUGAAUUUUAUGAUUUGUGUGAUUCUGUUUAAUGAGGGCUAAUGUUUCUUAACAAAUAAUAACAUCAAGAACUUAAAAGAAAAUUGAACAUUCUGACUCGACCAAGUGGAAUAUUGGUGAACAAUACUAAGUUAGAUGGACCUUUAUUACAGAUUCUAUUUAUGAACAAUGCUAUUUCAAAGCAAUAUCAUCAAGAAAUAGAAGAAUUUGUAUCAAAUUUAGUAAAGAGAUUUGAGGAACAGCAGAAAAAUGAUGUGGAAAAGACUUCCUUUAGCCUUUUGCCCCAGCCAUCCAGUAUUGUACUAGAAGAGGACCACAAAGUAGAAGAAUCCAGUGCCAUUAAAAACGACAAGGAAGCUUUUAGUGUUGUAGGAAGUGUCCUGUAUUUUACUAAUUUUUGCCUUGAUAAAUUGGGGCAACCGCUACUAAAUGAAAACCCUCAGCUUACGGAAGGAUGGGAAAUACCUAAGUACCAGCAAGUCUUCAGCCACAUUGUUUCUCUAGAAGGGCAAGAAAUACAAGUAAAGGCAAAAAGGCCAAAGCCUCACUGUUUCAAUUGUGGUUCUGAAGAACAUCAAAUGAAAGAUUGCCCGAUGCCCCGGAAUGCUGCUCGAAUAAGUGAAAAGAGAAAAGAGUAUAUGGAUGCCUGUGGUGAGGCAAAUAGUCAAAAUUUUCAACAGCGAUACCAUGCGGAAGAAGUAGAAGAAAGAUUUGGAAGAUUCAAGCCAGGAGUUAUUAGUGAGGAACUUCAAGAUGCACUGGGUGUGACGGAUAAGAGUCUCCCUCCUUUUAUCUAUCGAAUGCGACAGUUAGGGUACCCACCAGGGUGGCUUAAAGAGGCUGAAUUGGAGAAUUCAGGUCUUGCACUCUAUGAUGGAAAAGAUGAUGCUGAUGGGGAAACAGAAGUUGGAGACAUACAACAGAAGAAAAGUGUCACUUAUGAUCUCACAAAAUUGGUAAACUAUCCAGGUUUUAAUAUAUCUACUCCCAGAGGAAUUCCAGAUGAAUGGAGGAUGUUUGGUUCCAUACCAAUGCAAGCAUGUCAACAGAAGGAUGUGUUUGCCAAUUACCUCACUUCUAACUUCCAAGCGCCAAAUGUGAAGUCUGGCAGCAAGAGGUCUUCAUCUCAGUCUAGCCCAGGAAGUCCAAAGAAGCAGAAGAAGGAAAGCAGCUCAGCAGCCUCCCCCGCUGACAUGGACCUCGACUCAGAUGUGGAGAUACUGCAUGGUUCUCAGAACAGUGAAACUUUUCGGUUUCAGCCGCCAUUACCUCCUGACACUCCUCCUCCACUGCCACAGGGAACUCCUCCACACAUCUUCACUCCUCCACUCCCCAAGGGCACCCCUCCACUCACUCCCAGUGACUCACCCCAGACCAGGACAGCAUCUGCAGCUGUGGACGAGGAUGCACUGACUCUAGAAGAACUUGAAGAACAGCAGAGGCGGAUAUGGGCGGCUCUGGAGCAGGCAGAGAGCAUGAAUAGUGAUUCUGAUAUUCCUGUGGACACACCUGUAACUGGGAAUUCUGUUGCAUCAUCACCUUCUCCAAAUGAGCUAGACCUCCUUGUCCCAGAGGAAAAGGAAUCUGAAAAGCAAAUACUAGGUGAGCCUGAGGUACCAGACACUUGUACAAAGAAAUCAGAAGUUGAACAUUCCCCAAGUCCAGAUACUGAGGCUACAUCGCUUUGUCAGAAGGAAAAGGAAGAGUCUAUUCAAGUAGACUCUAAGGGUGCUCUUCUUGAUAAUGGCAGUGUUGUAUCAAACUGUGACAUUAGGAACGGAGGUGGUCAAAAGGUCUUUGAUGUGGACACCAGUCCUUCAAUGGCUACUAAAUUUCACAGCCCUAUACCUGACAUGAGCAAAUUUGCAAGUGGAAUAACACCAUUUGAAUUUGAGAAUAUGGCAGAAUCUACUGGAAUGUACCUCAGGAUAAGAAAUUUGUUAAAGAACUCACCCCGAAACCAGCAGAAAAAUAAAAAGGCUUCUGAAUAACUGCUUGGCAUAGCAGCAAGAGCUAUUUAAUUAUCUAUAACUUUAUGUUCUGUUAAUUAGCACUAUAGUGGACAGAUAAGAACUGUUUUCCUAUUUGUUCCUCCCAUGUUUAAAAAUCCAAGGUUCGAUUGUGUUCUAAAGUCACGCCUAUUUUAAAUAAUAGGAAGACUGGGCGCUCUAGUUUACUAUGUUUUAUUCCUCCUGAAGAACACUUGGGUUGGGGGGCUAUGAAUUUGAGCUGGUUUAGAGAUAGUUUGUUAAGGUUUAUACUAUUUUUGGAUUGUGAUUGUCAAGAGUGAAAGUUUUUAUCUGUCUUUUGUACAUUGUUUUCUCUUUCUACAUUUUGCUGAUUGUCCUAUAUAUAAGUUUAAUAUAUCACUUUUUAAAAGAAAAAAUUCUAACCAUUUUAAAUUAGUAUUUCAGCUUUGACAACCAAAUGAGAAAAAUCAGGGAUGAGCAGCUUUAUUCCAUUUGGGGUAUUUUUGUAAAUGAUUUACAUGCAUCAAUUUUAAUAAUAGUCUUACUUUUUUUAACUUCAUUCUUCAUACAUGCUUGCUGUACAGGUAUGUCCAUCUUUGUGUAUAGAGGGUUAAUAAAUUAGUUUUCAUAUA